GCAGUGACGUGUUUCCCCCAUGGGCUUUAUGUCCUGGCCCAUCAGCAGGGACCCAACAUCUGGGCAGGGGCUGCUCUGUAUCCUGAGCAUUACCACCCCCACCUGGUCCUGCAGCAUGGGGGGCAGCUCUGUUCCCUGCACUGAUGCUGGUAGUGCUCUCACUCUACCCCCCCACGUGGGACCAGGACACCCUUGGCACAAGGGCUGGGAUGCUGUAAAAAAUGCAUGGACCCAAAUAUAGCCCUGGCGGCUGAGCAGGCUGCGUGCUGGAGGUGACUGCAUGCCUACUGCUGCCUGACCUUGGCUGGGUCCCCUGGGAUCCCUGUUUGGGGUACACCCCCAGCACCCUGUGCUUUAAGGAUGCUGGUCCCACAGUUCAGCAGCUGGACCAGCUCUGUGGCCCUGGUGACACACAGCCAUGGUUCCAGACUGCAUCCAUUGGGUUAUGGGGAACUUUAGGCAUGCCUUGGGGUUCUGAGCCAGGUGGGACCCUGUAGGGUGGGUAUGUAUAUAGGGUGCAGAGGACAAGUCUGAGUCAUCCACGCCCUGGAUGUGUUGAGAGUGCCCAGUGUCCUGUCCCUAUCGUGUCCCCCUCUGGGAGCCAAGUGCCUUUUAAUAAUCUGUGGCCUGUUUCCUUAGCAACUGCAUUAAGCAAAUCGAUGGUAGUUGUGUCAUUGGAAUGGGAGGGCAUGCAUCCUGCCCCCACCAUGUCCCGCCACCCCCCCGCGUGGCCUUGCUCUGCUCUUACUCGGAGGCACAGCCUUUCUUUGCUGGGGGCUGUUGGCUGCUGGCUCCUGUGACAGCCCUACGCUGACCCCUCACUCUCACGUGGCCCCAAAUAGCAGGGGGACAGCCGACAUCCUUGGGGACAUCAGGGGCCCUUGGGGUUGCAUAGCCCAGCGGCUGUGGCAUCAGGGUGAGAGGGCUCAAGGUGAGUGAGGGGCCAUGAGACGCCCCCACCAUGAAUCUGGAGGGCCUGGAGAUGGUUGCGGUGCUGGUGGUCUUGGUCCUCUUCGUCAAGGUGCUGGAGCAGUUCGGCCUCUUCAAGCCCGUGUCCUUGGAAGGUAACUGGAGUGGGAGGAGGCCAUCUGGUGGGUUCCCACCUCAGCAGGGUCACAGCCAUGUAGGGAGCCCCAGAGCUGCUCCCAAGGAUGUUUUUGGGGUGCUGGGACUGUGGUGUCUGUCUGCAGCUGGUAGGGGUGAGCAUGGGGAUAGGGUGUCCUGCCUGCUCCAUGUACAGUCCUGGUGGCCAGGGAUGUGGGGAGAGGAUGGGACCCCAGUGUGGCACCGUGAUGGUGGGGUGUCUGUGUGAGAUUGGGGUGUGCUGGGGGCUCUGGGGUGCUCUGGGAGCAGGGGAUGGCAGCAUGCAGCCCCCCCACCCAAAAGAUGCUAUGGGUGCACCAUCAGAGGGUGACGGGCACUUUGCCUGGACCACAGCUCUAGUGUGUCCUAGGGCUGAAUCAGACCCUGGCUUCACCCCCCAUCUCUCUGCUUUUGUUGCCCUAAGCCUUGUACUGAAGUCACUGGCACUGCAGUGUGCUGGCUCCAGGCUGCAGUGCGGAGGGGGAAGCAGAAGGGAGCCAGCCACUGGAAGACACAGGGCACAGCAGGAACCAGUCCUUGUCUGAGCUCUGUCCCCAGGGGCACAGUUCUUGUCCCCAGCAAGAGACUAUGCAGAAGGUGGGAAUGGGGGUCCUGCGCCCACCCAUUCAGAGGAACAACAGCAUCCCCAUGUAGUCCUUGAUCUCAUGGUAUCACCAUGAAAUUUGGAUGGGCUAUUCCUCUCUAUCCAUGUCACCACACUGGUACCUGUGUGUCCCCUUGGCUGGGGACACUGGGGAGUACAGGGAUUUGCCCCAACUGUAGAGACAGGAGUGGGACCAGGUGCCCUGGAUCAGCUCCCAUCCCCAUAGGGGUGAGUGGAGGAGAGGGAAACACCUGGCUGGAGGGGCUGGGUCCUGGUACUAAGCCCUGAGUGCUGCAUGUGUCUCCUGGUGGCUUUGUCACCCCAUGGGCUCUGGAGGUGGCAGGUAGGAUGCUUUGUUUACUGGAGACAGCCCCAGGUGGUGCAGAGGAUGGGGAAGUGUCUAAAGCCCUGCCUGCCUGUUGUUUACCAGCUGCACCCAGUGACAAUCCAUGGACUGCAAAGAGCCUGAAACCAUACACUAAUGGUUUGGGUCUGCUAAUGGACAGCACUCCAGAGCCACUGCAGUGGCUGCACUUCCCCCACAUGUGGUGCUGGAACCAUAGACAGUCCCCCUGCCCCAUCUAUGUGGCCGUGCUGGUGUCAUCCCAGGGGUGACUCUGGACCUGGUGUCAUUUUCCAGCCAGUUGAUCACUGCCAAGAGCUGUCACCCCACUGCGCCCUGUGCCACCACCUGAGCUGUGCCCAUCCCCAACCCCUGCCAAGACCUCAGGAGGGGGCAGGAGAAGAAAAGCACUGUUGGUUUUGGCAGCUGAAAUGCAGUAUCAAUAAUUAAUUGAGGAGCAAUUGGCUCUGGCUGGGAGCAGGGCUGGGCAGGCAGACAGAGAGCCAGGAGAGCCGCCCACGUAACCGAGCCAUGGAUGAGGAUGAGAUAGAGCUGCAGACUGUGAGUGAUGGGAUAAUGAGUGCCAGGUCCCAUCUGUGGGGUGGGUGGAAGGGAUCAUCUUGGUGAGCUCCUGGGGUGUGCUAAGUGGGUGCUGCCUGGGAUGUGGGGCUGGGAGGCACCUCCUAGUGGGGUGAGCAUCCCUGCAGGGUGAGGAGGAGGCAGAGGGCAGGAUGUGGCUUUGCAUCCUGACCCCAUUGCCUCUAACUCCCGGCACUGACCGGCCCCAAGGACUGUGGUGUGCACCCCUCUGACUUGGCAUGAUGUCACAUCCCUCUCAGCCCAGCCAGACAUAAUUAGCUUGUUGAAUCUCUUCUCCCUCAGGCCUCACAUUAAUCACUUCUCACAUUGCUUCCCUCCCAACUCCCUCCAGCUGGGCUCUUGCCUCUUGUCACCAAUGUGUCCAAUGAGGGGACCCUGAACUACUGCAUCCCACUCUCUCCUCUCUCCUGCCUUGCUGGGUUAGGCACUGCAGCUCGGGGAUGUCAGUCCCUGCUGCACUCUGGGAUCUGCAGGAGCUGCCAACAGUGGGCGUUAUCCUGCUGCUCUGCUCCAGCUUCAAGCUGCUCCAUGUCCUGGGCAUCAUUAACCUGGCUGGAGGAGACAGUGUCGAGGAUGAGUUUGAGCUCUCCACCGUCUGCCACCGCCCCGAGGGGCUGGAGCAGCUCCAGGAGCAGACCAAGUUCACCCGCAAAGAGCUGCAGGUCCUGUACCGGGGCUUCAAGAACGAGUGCCCAAGUGGCAUCGUUAAUGAAGAAAACUUCAAGCAGAUCUACUCGCAGUUCUUCCCACAAGGAGACUCCAGCACGUAUGCCACCUUCCUUUUCAAUGCCUUCGACACGGACCAUGACGGCUCUGUCAGCUUUGAGGACUUUGUAUCUGGGCUGUCCAUCAUCCUGCGAGGCACCAUCGAUGACCGCCUGAACUGGGCCUUCAAUCUCUACGACCUGAACAAAGACGGCUGCAUCACCAAAGAGGAAAUGCUGGACAUCAUGAAAUCUAUCUACGACAUGAUGGGCAAGUACACGUACCCGGCCAUGCGGGAGGAAGCACCCCGGGAGCACGUGGAGAACUUCUUCCAGAAAAUGGACCGAAACAAAGAUGGUGUGGUGACAAUCGAGGAGUUCCUGGAGUCCUGCCAGAAGGAUGAGAACAUCAUGCGGUCCAUGCAGCUCUUCGACAACGUGAUUUAGCUGUCUCCAGCUGAGCUCUCCUGACACCAGGCUCAGAGCCUGCUCCUCUCUCCACUUCUCCUUCCAGCCCUUCCUGCUGCCGGCUGCCAUGCAGAGACACAGUCGGCUCCUGGAUGUAUCCUUCCCCCAAGGCCAGACCCACUUUCCUUGGGAGGCCCCACAAAAGUGCCACCAGAGUGUGGGCACAGCUGGCACGGGGCAUCUGGCCUGGGUGGGCUUCACACACCCGAUCCUAAAGGGAAAGCCUCAGCCUUGGGCUGCCAUAGGGGCUUCCCUGUGCCCCCACAUCAUGUCCCCGUCAGCAGCCCCAGCACCGGCUCCAGCCCAAACCCUCCAGCAACACUUCUAGGAACUAAGAGUCUCGCAGCAGGCACCUCAGCUUCCUCUUGUGUCCUGAUGUGGGGACGUGUCCCCCUCCUCGCUCACUCAGGGUGCUGGGCUCACUCCUGUCUGUUACAACAGCUGCCUGGAGCUGGGUGUGCACUCCUGUCCCACCUACGUAUCCCUCCAAGUCCUGUCUGGGGCCUAAUGUCUCUACACCAAACUCCUGCUUAGCCCCACCGGCUUCAGGUCCUAUCCCGCAGAUUGGCCCAGCUGCUCCCACCGCUGUGUCCUGAGGGGUAGCAGUGGCUGGGAUCGAUGGGGAACGGGCGAGCAAGGCUGUGCCCCACACCAGGCUGAGCCCUGGUGUCAGACCCCCCAUAGGGCCCUGAACCUCAGCUUUGGGGCAGACCCUGCUGGGUCCGCUCCAGGCCUGGCUUGCGUAGAGGCGAUGUGUUUUUUAGCUCUGUCCACCACACUGUUCAUCUCACAGCCCUGCUCCUGGGCGGGACAGCAAGUACCCCAUCCAAAUAACCCAUCCAAAUACCCCAUCCAAAUACCCCAUCCAAAUACCCCAACCAAGUGCCCCAUCCAGGUACCCCAUCCAAGUACCCCAACCCCAUCCCCUCCCGUCCCCCCCCCCUCCCUCACUAUGCAUUGGCAUGGCGUGACCCCCGCCCCAGGGCAUGGUGACCCACAUCCCGCUUGGCAUCUCCAGUCUGUAUAUUUUGUAUUAUAACGAUAGGAUGGGUUAAUAAAACAAAAAAGACGGGGGGUGGGAGGGGGCUCAAACAAUAAAAUCUAUCCACGAUCGCUAUGCACA